AUGUCGACCGGCGCGCUCGGGGGUUUAGGGCGACUCGGCGGCGCGACGCGGAGUAGGCAUGGUGGCGCGCGACGAGGGCGCGUGCGAGGGAGCGUGCGCGAUUUUCGAGCGAGGGCGAUCAAGGAUCCGAUCGAGGGGGCUUUGGAGGUGAGCACGAGCGCUCUUGAUGGAGGGUUGGAGUCUCGCGUCGCGGCGUCUCGCGUGGGUGCGGAGGGGACGUCGGUGAGGAAACGGUCCGUGACUCGCGUUUCCGCGAUCGAUUUCCCGAUGAAAUCAAUUGAGAGUAAGCGAACGUUGAACGUGGGCAACGACUUGUCCUGGACGCGAUGGAAGCAAAGCGAAGGAGCGGGGGAUCCAGGGGUGCAGCACGACUUUAAGAGAGUCAUCUUCAUCACGCCAGACAAUGGUUUCAUCAUGGGUCCGCAAAAGACGGUGUAUCAUCUCGAGGGAUGCCCGUGCCCGUCUUGCAACGUGUUUAGGUAUCGUGUUCGCAACGGUGUCGACGCGAAGGGCCAUCCGAUCACGCCGGUGAUGAUAAGCGCGAGCGAGUUUCACACGCUGAAAGAAAUCGGCACUGUGAAGGACAUGACGAAAGUGGAACAGCGUCGUCGUGAGCGAAUCGGGAGCGCGAACGCGGGGAAGACACCCUGGAACAAAGGUCGUAAACAUCGUAAGGAGACAAUCGAAAAGAUUCGCGCCACGACGCUCAAACAUAUGAAGGAUCCGGAGUACAGAGAGCGUCUGAAGCAGUCGUACACGGGCUCGAACGCCAGACACUCCGAAUUCACGCGGGCAAAGAUCAAGAGAGCUUCGAUGGACCGCGCGAGGUCGAAAAAGAUAGCUGAGUUGACGGUUGAGUCAGCUAACGUGUGGGGGCGUAAGAGAGGUAAUAACGGGACGACGAGUGCGGGAAUAUUCAUGCGUAGAAGUUCUGCGGUCAUGACGGUGAGUUUCGGUGUGAAUGGAAGUGCCGACAUAGCGCGCAUGAAACGGUGCAUUAAAGACGAAGAGAAGGAGCGCCAAAAGAAUCAGCGAGUGCUGAAGAAGCAAAUAAUAUCUUCUGCCUCAAUAAAGCUCAGGGAGAUGCGCAAGACCAAGGUGAAGAAGCCGGCCAAGCGCAGCGCGGAGCACCGCCAGAAAAUCGCUCGAGCCAUCGCGGACAAGUGGCGCGACCCGGAGUACGCGGCCAAGAUGCGCAACGUCAAUCGCAAACCUCCGGUUAAGAAGUCAAAGACGAUCACCAAAGUGGAUCCGGCGAAGAAGAAGCUUCUCAUCGAGAUCAAGGCGAUGUACUUCAAGGCUGACGCGGCGGUGAACGCGCUUCGCGCGCGCGUCGCCGCGGGCCAACCCGUCGAUCCCGACGUCCUCGCCAGGGCCACGAAGACGCGCAAGCAGUCGCGCUCCAUGUACGACGCGGUCAAGCGAUCAAUCGAAGAGGAGUCCACAUCGGUUCCGAGUCCAAAGCCGAGAUAA